AUGGAGUGUGAGAUGGAUCGAUUCAUGGCAGCAACUUUGUUUCAAGGCAGGUCAGUUUGGUUAUAAAGUUUUUUUCUUACAAAAAAGUUCUUUUUCCAGGUCUAUUUAUUCAAGAAUUUCACGAUUUCUUAUCGGUUUUCAAAAUGAAUAAAAACUUUUCUGUGUUUUUAUGUGACCAUCAGAUUUAACAUUUUAUCAUGAUAAUUUCCCAAAAUUGUCACGAAAAAGGCUAUAAUUUUAACUAAUUCUUUCAGAUUUCAAGUGCUUUUUUUCACUUUCAAUUCAACUAGUACAUAAGUUAACCAGUUCCAGUUGGAAAAAUUGAAUCAUUUGCUGUUCCAAAAGGGCUAAUUUCAUGAGAGAAACGGUUGAAAUAAAAAAAGUGCUUUUUAAGCGAGUUUUUUUGAAAGUGUAAACUUCAAAUGGUUGAGGUUUUUUUCAAAUUAUAUUAGAAGAACUGUUAUAAAAUUCGCGACUUUUUGUUGGUAUUUGGGUCCAUUUUUUUCGUGAUUUUUCAUUCAAAUUAUGAGUUUCCAGUCCGUUUUUUUCAUUUUUUUAUCGAAAAAUAAUGUAUCUCAAGGACUUUCCUUUCAAAAAUGAAUAACGAAUCAAUCAAUACAACUGCUACCUUCAAUUUUGUUUCUGAUCACAGCUGGACGUCAUUUGCCAGUGUGAAAACUUGUGAGAAGAACCGGAAAGUUUUCUGAUUCUUCCCAUGUUUUUUUUCCUUUUUCUUUCUUGUUGUUGUUGCAAAUGGCAGAGGGCAAUUGCACUGACACUUUUCGGCGGUUUUCGUUCAUUUUUACUUUGAUUUUUGGUAGCGAUCCGUUGUAUAUGUUGAAAAAGACAAGUUUAAGUUAUACCAGUGCUAUUUUUUCUUGUGAACACCAGAGUGGUCCCUAGAGGGGUUACAGAAAAAAACAGCUUCUAUAGGACAGCUCCUUUGGUUAGAAUUAUUCAUGUUUUUAAAAAGUUCUUAUUUCCAAUAUAUGGAACAGAAAAAUUAGCUAUCAUUUUCGAUUUCUGCUUUUCACUGUUUCAAAGUUUGAUUAUGACAAAGCGAUUUGGAUGUUUUUCUAAUGUUCCCAUUGCUCUUAAUGCAUAUAAAAUCAUAAUGAAAGACUUUUUAGAAAUUUUUUCUGUUAAACCGCCUCGCGACCGCGACGCAUCGAGUCAUUCCAAAGCAUCAAAACUGAUUAUCCAUAGAGCGUACAAGUUCCAACCUUUUACUCGGGGAAAAAAAGAUUUUUUUAAAGAUUCCUCAAAAAAAUUUUUUUCACUAACUUUUUCACUUUUUUUCCCUUCCUCUAAUAAAAAAAUAAGCUAAAAAGCUUCUAAAAAAAUAUCUCAGCUGAUCCAAAAAAAUGAAUUCUCUAAGGAUAUAAAAAAGGAGCUCAAAGAACUUUUUCCCACCUUUUUUUAAAGACCUUUCAUGCCCUUUCUGACAAGGAAGGUCGUUUGAUUUUCGAUUGGGAAUUUCCUAAAACUUAGUCAGAACAUUAUUUGAUGUACCCGAAAAAUAUUUUGAAAGUCUCACCCUGCAAAACUUCCUAGUUUUAGAGAAAUUAUGGCUCAAAUCCCCAAAAAAAGUCCAUUUUUUUUGGACUUUGAGGUGUGUUUUCUCAAAAAAUAGGAGGUUUUGCAGGUUCAGACUCCCAUAAUCUCAUUCUGGUACACCAAGGAACGUUUUGACCGAAUUUUAAGAGAUUCUUAACCACAAACCAAACUGACCUUUCUUCUAAGGAUUCUCCAAGGGAACUUUCUGGGGCUGUUUUUUCAUGUCUUUUUGAUUUCCCAAUCAAAUCAGACAGUCACGCCUUAAAAGAACAAUAGCCGAAGAGUUUUUUUCCGAUUUCUGAUUCUGAUUCACCCGGGUAGACACCAAGGUCACUGGCUUCUGCGGGAAAAGAGAAAGAAGAAAGUUUUGUGAGGGGGGCGUGGCCGUUUGUUUACUACAAGCGAAACGAUCAUGGCAUUCGUCAAACUUCUUUCAUUUCUUUUCUUUUCGAAGAAAUCUCGGUUCUCGAUAACCUUGAGGAAUAUCUGACUUUUAUUUUCAGUUAUGCCUUGUUCAAAGUUAUUCCGCAAAAUGCAAUAUGGCCGUCAGAGAAAGAAAAAGAUAACUAAAUUUUGGAGAGGCAGAGAUAAUUUUGCAUUUCGCGGAAAUUACUUUGGUAUAGAAUAGAGGAACUACACUGUAGUUUAGAUUUUUCACUUUUUUGAGUUUUUCCUUGAUGUUGGCUGGAUUUUUAUUGAGUUUAUUGUAACUUUUGUAAUCUACUGGAAAAACUGUAGUGGCCACUUAAGGGGUUCCUCUUUGGAGAGAACACUAAAGGGGCCACUAUAGAAGCCCCUAUCUUGCUUCUAAGGGGCCACUCUAGUAGUUUUCAGCGGCCGAGUAACACCGCUUAGACUUCUAAAGAUGCCACUUAAAUGGCCACUGUAGCGUCUAAACCCUAAAGUGAUCUCUAAAAUUUUCCCUGGUAUAUCCGAAACAUUCAUUUUUUUUUCUUUGAGUUCGAGGCCGCAAAAAACUCCUGUUUCUUUCACCCGACCGAAACCGACUUACGCUCGUUGAUAUGAAUCUGAAAUUCCUUUCAGAACAAUGAAGACGGCUGGAGCGCUGCUCUUGGUGGUUUUUGCUUCACUUCCAAGCGGUACUUUCGAGGUAAUUUUUGUUUAUCCUGAGCUAACAUGAGCAAUAAUAAAUCAUGGAUUUUUUUAGAAGUUUCUUUUCUAGAAACAGUUUUGGCUUAUUUUUUUGCUUUCCUGUGCAUUUUUCAAAACUUUAGUUCCUACUUUUUCAUGUUUUGAAAACAGAAAAACCGAAAAAAGGUCAAAAGUACCAUGCAAUCAUUGCGACUUUGGCUUAUAUUUACCCCGAAAAACGAGUUUCUAAUUGCGAACUUUUCUCCCAGAGAAUGCAAAAGGGAGAAGAGAAAACUGACGUUGUUUGGACUGUAAUUAUUGGUUUAUGGAGUUUGUGAUGGGCCGUAAUCAGAAAUGAUUGGAAACUGAAACUGAUGGGAGAAAAAAACUUUAUAAUCAUCCUUAUAAAAAUCUGGUUGUAGUUUGUCGUUCAAUCACGUUUACAACAAGAUUUGUGUAUGUUUUAGAAAUUUUAAAAGUAGGAUAGACGGGCUGGGUCAGGACGGCCCAGGGCUUUUAGGUCUUAUUUUUUUGAAGCCGGGGCUUCGAAUGAAAAAUUUUGAAUUGAACUAAAAAUUAUUUAUUUUUUUCAUGGUUUCUGUUGAUGUUUGAGUGAAAAAAAGAACCAAAAAAACGGGAUUUUUUUGUCCUAAAAAUUCUUAUAUUGGACUGGAAAAAACUUGUGCUCUUAGGGCCGGGCUGGCCUUUUUAUGCUUGAGGUCUUGUAAAAGCCGGGCCAGAUCGGGCUUUAAGAAUGGCCGGAGGGUUAGCCCCCGUACAAGCUUGCCUAAAGGCUCAGUUGUGGAAUUCAAGACAAAAAGUCGAAAGUUCUCGAUCUUCGGGCCGGGCCGGUUUUUUUCUGCUUGAGAGCUCACUUAGGCCGGGCCAGGUCGGGCUCAGAGAAUGAACGGCGGGUCAGCCCUCGUGCAAGCUUGCCUUGCUGCGGAAUUCAAGAAAUAAGUCAAAACUUUGCCCUCUUCGGGCCGCGUAGCCCCCUCUUGCUUGUGCGCUCCCUAAGGCGGGCCAUGUCAGGCUUUAGGUAGGGUCAGCGGGUCAGCCCUCUUACAAGCCCGUUUAAAGACUCACUAGCUUCGGAAUUCAAGAAAAAAGUCAAAAGUUCCUGUUUUUCGGCCCGAGCCGUCCCUUUUUGCUUUAGGGCUCACUUAGGCUGGUUCGGGCGGGCCGGCCCUCUCACAAACCCUUUCAAAGGCUGCGGAAUUUAAGAAAAAUAGCAGAAAAUUCCCGCUCUUCGGACCGGGCCCUUCCUUUUUUGCUUUAGGGCUCACUAAGGCCGGGCUAGAUCGGGCUCCGAGAAUGAUCGGAGGGUCAGCCCUGGUCAGGCUCGCUUAAAAUCUCACUAGCUGCUCCAAGAAAAACAGUCGGGGAUAUAAGCCCUGACAUUUGAAAGCUUGAAAUUUAUGUAGAAUAGUUUUUAUUUUCAGUGUGCCACGAACGGCCUUUGCGGCUACCAGCCGACUUGCGGAGCCGCUUACGCCCCUCCUGCGGCCCCUUGCGGCUGUCAGAGGAGUUAUGGAUGCGGUUCUUACGGAUGUUACAGGUGAUUGAAAGAUGCGAGGUGGUGGUACUGAAAAAAUACCAAAGAUCUCUUGUUUCUGGCUUGAAACUGAGGGUAAUCGUCGACUGUAAUUUGGAGCAUCGUAUUCUUAAAAAUUAUGCCUUUUUUUUGCAGACUUGACAGGCUUGAAAAAAACAUUCCAAAGUUAUUUAUUGAAAAAAAUAAUUCUCAGAAUGAAAACUUAUGGAUGCAACUCCUUGCAAGGUGAAGAAAAACUGAAUUUGAAAAAAAAUAAUCGAAAUUUCCAACUUUUUCGCUUGAAACAGAGACCAAAACUUUGAUGUGAAGCUGUAAUUUGGAACGUCGUUUUUUCUAAAUUUUGUCCACAUUUUCGCAUAGUUCAAAAGCACGGCAAUGGGGUGAGGAAAGGUGAGCGAGGCGUCAAAGUUUCUGAAUUUAUAAAAAAAGGUAAGUGCGCGCUUCGGAUAACAUGACGUCACAAAUUACACUGAGUAUUCAACGUUGAUAACUUGUUUGUUCGAUCGCCUUUGGCUGCGUACUUUAGAUUUCAAAUUUCGCGCCGAAAAUUUUUUUUUUGACGUUUUUCCACUUUGUUUGAGAACGCUGUGAAAAGCAAAAAGAUGGUAUGUGAUGUUGAAAAAUGACUUUUCAGAAUGAGAGCCCGAGGAUCGAAAUCCUACCAGCCGAAGCGGACCCGAAUGCGCGUUAUCGCUGGAGCCAGCUCUGAAGAAACUUCCGACCGAGUUGUUCUCCGCGAGAGGUCGGUUAAUUCGCUGCGCAUCGACUGAUAAGAAAAAUUCAUCAUUAAGAUCCAAUUAGCCUGUAAAAAAAUUGUAAACGUAUUAAUAAUUCUCGAAGUUUUAUUAUUUUUUUCUUUCUUUUUUAGCUCAAUAUCCUUUUCAAUACAGAAUUGCCACAUUCUCGGUAGAGCACACUUGCUUUGAAAGUCAAGAACAUUUUUUAAAACGAAAAAAAAAACAAAUUUCAGAGAUAGCGCCGAACCCAUCGAUAGACAUACGUAAGACUUAUAUUCUAUUAAAAAUGCAGGCGAUGAAAUUUCAAGUGGUCUUUAUAGUGAUUUUCAGUCGUUAAUUGCACGGUCAACCUCACAAAAAAACUAUUUUUUUGAAAAUUAUAAGGCAGCGUUUAGAUAAUUUCACUUUGAGAAAUUUUAGCACCUUCAAAAACUUUCUAGUCCUCCAAAAAAAGGGGCUACAAUUUUUGAAAUGACCUAAUUUGAUUGUUUUUGGAGGUUUUAUUGGGCUUUGAAGGAUCUUUUUGAAAUCUAGGAUUUUUCCAGGCUGUGAUUUUAGUAAAUUCAAGAAAUUUCUGAUAGAAAUUUCUCAAAAUUCCCCAGUAAAAUGAACUUUUCUGUAAGCUUCAUCGUUGUUCCAAGCUUCAUCCCUUAAGUUACUCCUUGAGUUUAACCCCUCUAGUGACCUCUUCAGCUUCUCUCAGUCGCCUAGCUUCGCUUCCUUGGGUUCCAAGCUUCUCCUUAGUUCCUAAAUACUUAAACAAAUCAAAAAUUCCCCUCAGAUUGGCGAUGGAGCGACUCCGACGCCGCGAGCCUCUCACUGAGAGCGAAGAGAUCGAACUUGUUUCCAGAACUGUCGCCGAGAACCGAAAAGCCAGCGGACCAGUGGUUCGUCAGAGGAUACUGUAGCUUUUUCGAGCAUUCGUUUCAGGACCCAGACCGGGCCUUCUACGAGUGCUGCAUCGACAGGAAGCUUCCCGACGCUUGCCUCUCGAAAUGCACUUUCGGAGCUUUCACCAAGCAAUCGGUUAGGGUUUUCUGGAGUUUUCAGAAAAAUUCUAUGUUUUUGAAGUGUCAGGGGUUAUAUUUUUCAGAAAAUCUAGAAAUUUCCUUGGAAGACUACGGUUUUUGAGCCCUUCACUCAGGGACGCCAAAGGGGUCCCUACGGGGAUUAGGGACAAAAAAUAACUCGGGUAAAAAUAGGUGAUCCUUAUAGGGGUUCCGAGUGGAUCCCUAAGCCCUUAAAGCUUAAGUGGUCCCUAUAGGGGUUCUGAAAAAGAGCUCCUACAGUGGACAAAGAAGUGCCCCCUAUAGGGUUGAAGUUUAGGUGGUCCCUUUAGGCUCUGACUUUUAAGCCCUUAAAGCUUGAGUGGUCCCUAUAGGGUCUUUUUUCCCAUUUGAAAGGGAACAUGACGUUUAGGGACCGCUAGAGGGGCCAUUUUAGAAAACUCUAAUUAAAUUUUUUUCACAUGUUUCUAGACUAAAUCGACUACGCUGAAUCCCAAAAUGACAAUAACUUUUCGAUUUGAUGAAAAACUUUUUAUAGUGCAUUUAAUAAAAUAUCUCAGUUCGCACACCAAAAAUUUUUGUCAAGUUCCCCCUCCUUCCAAAUUUUUUUGUCAAGGCCCCCAUCCCCCCAGUUUGCGGCCGAACCGAGGUUAUUCCAAGUAUGUUCAAUGCCUUCUAUAAAAGGAAGUAGAGGUGGCCCUCUAGGGACCACUCUGGCGUUCCUAAGUACCUUUUUCUCAAUCUUUAUAGUUGUCUUUUUUUAUUUUUCUACUUAUUUCUCAUGAUUUUUCAUAAUUUUUCAGCUGACGGCCAUGUACUUCAAACAAGACGCUUGUCCUCUUGAAGCCAUGAAGGAAAUGCAAUUCUGCGCGGCUCAGGGACGGUAAGCUUCAUUUUUAAUCCAAAAAUGAUACGUUAUAAUUUUUUUGUUCAUUUUGAAAUUUUAUGAGCAAUAAAAAAACUGAAAAAAACCGGAAUAUUUUUCAAGUUCUACUGAAAGAAACCGCUUGAAUCUUAUCAAUACGCUAAAAAUUAUUCACAAAAGCUUGAAAUGUCCCUUUAGAAUCUCGAAAAGGCUUAAAAUUUCUUCAAAAAAAAUGUUCUAAAGGCCUAAAAAUCCCUUCAAAAAAUGUUCAAAAGGCCUAAAAAUCCCCUCAAAAAAUGUUCUGAAGGCCUAAAAAUCCCUUUAAAAAAUGUUCAAAAUGCCAAAAAAUCUUCAUAAGGCCUAAAAAUCUUUCCAAUAUCACGUAUACUCCUAAAAUCUCUUUUAUAUUUCCAAAAGGCCUAACCGAAGCGCUUUAAAAUCCCCUAAAGGCCUUAAAAAUCCCUAGAAAAACCUCCCAAAUGCUCUAGUAAAUAUUCAGUACUUUUCAAAAAUCACAGAGAUCAAAAAUAACUGAUUUUGGUCCAUAAGAAACCCGAAAUUCAGUGACCACCGUGACUGCUGCGCUAGAAAUGGAGUGACGACGACUUUGGCCGGAGCCAAGUGUUUGUCUUUCUGCGAUCAGCGAUUGGGUGAGUUUCAAAAAAAUAUUUUAGACUUCUAAAUAUAAUAAUUAAGCCUAGAUCGUAAAAUUUAAAGUUAUUUUCUGCUUUCAAUCGAGUUCUAGUACCUUGAAUCCACAAAAGAGUCUAAUUUUUCAAAAAAAUAAUUCUUUGGUGAGUUACUUGAAAAAGCGCGCCCGACCCGAAACGACUUUCGCAGCUUUUUCUCAAUCUCUGCGAUCUCCAACAACGAUAUACUCUCUCUUUUCGUGUUAGGACCCUUUUUCGAUGGUUAGAAUCAGCUAUGGUCAUAUUUGAGAAAUCUUCAUUUUGACUCGGACAUUUCUGGGCAUUUCUAGUGACCCCUUUAGUAGCGUCAGAACUCCUAAAGGCAUAGGGGCAGUAAAAAAUGGGGUCUCAGGUGAAAGCAGCAUCUUAUACAGUUUUUUAUUGCGAAUCGAAUGGUGUACUCGAAAAAAUUACAGAUGUGACUAGGGUCCGCAAGCCAUUUCUUCAGAAUGAUUCAAAAAAUAUGUUUUUCACAUUGUUCGAUAGGGGAGACUGUCCAUUUUCAUAAUCCGUUUAGUUUUUGAAAAAAGGUUCACUAAGAAAAAAGUUAUGGCCAAAAAACGAGCGCGCGCGGCGUUCAACUGGAGGCAAAAUCUCACGGUUUACCCGCUGCCGCACGCUUUCUUUUUAAAUGUUUUUGCGCGUUUCUGGACCGUUUUUAAAUCGGUUUUCUGUUCUGAGAGGUUGUCCGAACUGAGCCUCAUGUUUUGGUAUGAAUCUUUUGUACAAUCCUCAUAAGAAGUUUUUGAUGAAAUAUCAAAAAAACUACCUAGAAAAAGGUCAAAAGGAUUUUUUUCAGCUUAUUUUUUUCUUUUUUUCUACUCAGAAAAAAAUUAUUAUCAUUCGAUUUGGAAAAAAAGAAAAAAAUGAAAAAAAUAAUGUUAUUUCGAAAUAAAACAGGAAAAAAGUGCAAUUUGACUCCGAAAAAAACGGCUCCUGCGACAUUUAAAAGGGCGCAUCGGUGUGUUUGACGCAAACACUGCUACGGACACUUGCACGAAAUCUUCCGAAAUUUCAAAAUUGCCAUUUUUUUCGAGGAUUUCAAAGCCGUUAUUUUUUUCGCGUCGAUCGAUUUUUCAUAAUUUUUUUCAUUGAUAGAGUUUUUGAACGCUCAAUAACCUGAUCAAAAAAAUGUAGACGCGAUCCUAUUCUCUCAUGCGUCAACGAGGCAGGCGAAAAAAAGGAGGUUUUGGUAAAACUCAAAUAUAAUUUGAUUCGCUGUCCCAAUAAUUAUUUUUCAUUUUUGAAUUUUUUUAUUCUUGGACACACUGUUAGUUUUUUUAAAUCAAAUAAAAAGUAUACCAUGUCGCUGAAAUUUUUUUCGCAUUUCAGCUUCAAAGUUUGGUGUCACUUUACAAGCUUUAAUAUUUUUCGCGUCGGUAGAUUUUUCAUUUUCACUCAAAAAUAAAGAAAGUGUUAAUGUAUAACAUACUAAAAAUUUAGAAGCGUUCCUCACUUGGUUUUUCUGAAACGCGACGAUUUUGUGAAACUUGUCAGUUUUUUUCGUGUUAAAUCUUACUUUUUUUCGCUUAUUUUUUUGAAAAAAAUACAUAGUUUUAAAAAAAUAUUCAGUCUUGUAGAGCGUUGUCGAUUACAUAGGUUUUCAGAAACAGUUGAUUUUUAAAGUGGGACUUUAGCUAGUAUAAACGCCUCAAAACCGUUUUUGCAACAAAAAAAUCGUCAUUUUGGUGGCGUGAAGGGGCGGGGCUUUGCGCCCCCUAGAUGUGACAACUCUAGAAGAAAAACGCGAUUUUACUUUCCCGCCUUUAAUUUUGAAAAAAGCUUUGGAUCGGUAUGCAGACAACUGUUUACAGUAGCCGUGCACGCGAUGUUGCGGACAUCUUAUUAGACUCGCAUUUUGUAUGAAAUAACCGGCUAUCUGCUUCAAAUUAAGGGUUUCUUCUCUGAAAAAUUGAUUAAGAAAACCGAAAACGCACACUGAUAAUAAAGAAAACACAAAUAAUCGCUAUCCCAAUCGAAACCUGUGUAAAAUCAUCAUUUUUCACCAGAAAAGCUUUUUUGCGAUCAAAGUUUGCAAAUUAUACGUGAAUCGAAGGCUUUGUUGACGAAAAAAACUCUGGUGACAACAGAAAAAAUUGAAAAUUAAAAGAAACGAAGAAAAAAGCGAAAAUCCGAAAAAUGGCGAAGCCUGUUGUCCAUAGAGCGACUUUACUGCAAGGCGCUCUUUUCGCGGGAACUCAAACUUUCCUGUCUCCGACUUUGAAUUUUUUUUUCUCCAAAACUAGGAAUUUCUGUACGUUUCCAAGUUCACCGUUCGAUUUGCACUGAAAAUCUCUACAAAAUACUGCUUUGAACUGAAACACCGUUUUUUACUGCCCCUAUGCCUUUAAGUGAUCCCUAGAAUCGCCCAGAAACCGGAGCACGUCCGAGAAAAAAAAGUUCAGGAAACGUUUCGAAAUAAUGAUUUGAAACCUAGUUUUUUCAUAAAUUUUUCUGAAAAACGUCUUGAUUCUCUGAUUUCCAGGCCACCCCCAACAACUGGACAUGUCCUACGUCCCCUGCUUUGACCGGUUCGAAUCGAUGAAGUCCUGCUUCUGGCACGACCUCACCCGAUACUACCGAGCUUAA